UGGCUGGUUUCAUCCUCGACUCGUGCCCGUUCUACGCCGGUCUGUUUUGUGUCGCCCCCUUUCCCUCUCCUCCCUUCUCUAGAUUGGAAAUGGCGGCGUCGCUUGCUCGUCUCUCGCGAAGAACCCUUGCUGCUCCAACCCCCAUCCUGCCCCUCCUACGUUCCCUUUCCACUGAAGCCGUGCCAUCUCCGUCUGUUUCGCCGGUGGCGCCGCCGCCGCCUGCUGUGUCGGAUCGCGUGAGGUGGGACUAUCGAGGGCAGCGACGGAUCAUUCCCUUGGGGCAGUGGCUGCCCAAGAUUGCUGUCGACGCUUACGUCGCGCCAAACGUCGUUCUCGCCGGGCAGGUCACUGUCUACGACGGCGCCUCUGUUUGGAACGGCUCCGUCCUCCGAGGCGACCUUAACAAGAUCACAAUCGGAUUUUGCUCCAACAUCCAGGAACGGUGCGUCCUCCACGCUGCCUGGAAUAUUCCCACAGGACUCCCAGCUGAAACAUCAGUUGACCGUUAUGUAACGGUCGGUGCUUACAGUCUCCUGCGCUCGUGCACAAUUGAGCCAGAAUGCAUAAUCGGUCAGCACUCCGUUCUCAUGGAAGGUUCGCUAGUGGAGACUAAUUCAAUCCUCGAAGCUGGGUCUGUCCUCCCCCCUAACCGUAGGAUUCCAACUGGUGAACUUUGGGCGGGCAAUCCAGCUCGGUUUGUUCGAAAGUUAACCCAUGAAGAAAUAGUCGAGAUUCCCAAACUAGCCGUGGCAGUUAAUGACCUCAUGCAAAGCCACUUCUCGGAGUUCCUUCCAUAUUCUACAGCUUAUUUGGAAGUGGAGAAGUUGAAAAAGACCCUAAACAUUUCUCUUUGAAAGAACAGCUUCAGUUCGAGUCCGAAGAAUAAGCUUUUGGCAGCACUUUCUCUCUUUGCCAUCUAAAAGCCAAAUGUAUAACGAGUGAAUGUAUCUAUUCAUACGGCUGAAUUUGUAGCCUUGCCUUCUACCAUUUGUUUCAGUGGCUUGUAGCUAUUCCACCAUUGGACAUGGUACUUCAAGUUUUAUUGUUCUGAGCAAGUGAAACUAUUUUCCAAAUAACUAGUAAUGGAACUGAUUUUGCUGUUCUAA